AUGAGUCUACGUGCGUUAAAAAAGCUGUUAACAGGUAACGUUAUCAAGGCUGUCCUGUUCAUCAACCUGGUCUGUUUCCUAUCGUUGACCCUACAAGGCCUGUUAACAUGGCAGUCUUUGCCUUCCCACAGCUACACAAAGAGCACAGACAAUUCUGUAUUCUUGUACCUCAACCGCAUAAUGACAUUUAGUACAGUCACACCAGGGAACUUUACAAUGAACUAUUUGGCGCUCAAGAAGAUUGAGCAGAUGAAAAAGGAAUUGAAUGAUUCGGUGCUAGUCAACGAUACAAUGUUUCCAGCUAAAAGAAUUGGUAAAUACCUUCUGUUAGACCCGGACCUUUGCAAAUCCGUUGAUAGGGUUGAUAUCAUAAUAAUUGUGCAUACGGCACCACAAAAUCUGGACAAAAGACAACGAAUCAGAGACAGUUUUGCCAAAGCCUCACUCUUUCGUCCAUUCGACAUUCGUGUUGCAUUUCUAUUGGGCAAAACGCCAAACAAAACGCUGGAACGAGUCUUAUGGAUGGAGCAUGCCAGAUACAACGAUACGGUCAUGGGAGACUUCAACGACGAUUACCACAAUCUCUCCCUAAAAGGCGUCAUGGGAUUCCGAUGGGUCAGCGAGUAUUGUCCGAAUUCAGAAUUCGUGUUAAAAAUAGACGAUGAUAUUUUAGUGAAUAUGUUCAAACUUCUGUAUUCAUUUCUAAACCACAUGUCAGGGAAAAAGAAGUCAAUAUUUUGUAAUCUAUGGCAUAGCGGAAGUAUGCCUAUUCUUAGAAAGGGAAAGUGGAAAGUGGCAUCUCAUGUGUUUUCGUCACGAACAACAUUCCCGUACGACUAUUGCAGUGGGUUCCUGGUUCUAAUGACCACUGAUUUGAUGAAGCCGAUGUACGAGGCAUCACUGACGACCCCUUUCUUUUGGAUUGACGAUGUUUACUUAUUUGGUAUGCUUCCAUCGGUUGUUGGUGACGUCACUUAUUACAACUACGGCCUGGAUCGAAAUCUGACCCUAGAUGACAAGAAAGCCAUAAACUGCACACGGGAGCUAGGACCCCGAUGUCCUAUCUUUGCCACGUUUAUUCGCGAAAGAAACUUUUGGCCCUACUGGGACACUAUCAGGGGGCUAUACUCAUCCAGUAUCUGGCAACUGGAGCAGAAGAUUAUUCACUGA